CAACCAAUCGAAGUUGCUCUCUUGUGUAUGGAGAUAAUUUUGGAUUAUGGCAAACAUUUACUCAGGAAUUUAUACAAAGCUUAAAGACAGAAGUACUGACAUCAAGGAUCGCCUGAAGCUGACUAAAUUUGCUUGGUUAUCAGACAAAGUCAUUUUCCCAAACAAAGAACAAGUCCUCAUUGAUUUUCUUGGCGGUCUUCUUUUAAACAGGAAAAGGAGUAACGUGACAGAGGAUGAGACAGGUCUUGUGUGGAGGUGUCUGUAUGAAGUUCUACAGACGAAAAAAUGUCAUGUACCUGCUAAGUUCCGACACACUCUCAUCAUCAAGCCCUCCAUAAGUCAGGUCUUAUGUGACAGCAUUUUGUUGGAGUAUGAGAAGAAUUCGGGCUGUACAGCAGACAUUGUAGGAUGUGCCCUAGCCAUCAUAAAGUCUCCAACCUUAUCUUAUGUCUUUACUUCAAAAUAUGAUUUUCUGGUGAAGUUUCUGGGCAAUGUAUUGCUAUUAAUGGUGAGAACCAUCCAGGAUGGAAAACCAGUUUCCUCUGAUCUUUUUCAGCUGUUACAGAAAUGUAUAGCCAUGUACAGUGUGUCUCAAAGGGCCCACCCACAGCAAACAAAGGUUUUCCAGUCUGUGGUUGAACACUUACUUAUUUCUACUCUGUUGCUGGGAAGUUUGGCAGAGAAAUGUCCAGAGCUUAAAAACUGUGUGGAGAAACUAAAUGACAUCCUUGAUCAGGCAUUGUUUCAUAGAGAACACCACCCUUUCUAUGAGAGUUUCCUGUCAGCUGUAGCAGGAAAAGAUGACAAAAAACACAAAAUCUCUAAGACAAUCGAGAGCCUGUUUCACUCAUUAUCAAGUCUUCUUAACAAAAAGAAGGGACAGGUCAAUGACACAGAUACUCAGAAGAUUGUGAGUCAGUACCUGGUAGUUUUCUUUGACCAUUUCCUGUCACAGAAGUGCCAUGGAGAGAAAACACUGACAGGAUUCCAACUGUUUGUCCACAUCUGUCAUCUCAUCGGGAUCAGUGAUUCCAGUGUGGAGCGGGGGGGACCAUUAGAUCAACAGGAAGUGGUGACUGUGUUAUCUCCCCUGGUGAGAAGUUUACUGAAGCAUGACAUUUACAGUCAACCGCAGGAUGCAUCAGAUGGCAACAUCCAAUACAAGUUCUACUGUCAUAUUCUGAUUCAUGUUUUACAAGGCAAACAGUCUUCAUUGUUUUAUGCCUGUUUGGAGAGCUUAUUGGAAUUAAAUCAUGCUAUUCUAGAGACUAAGAUGUCAGAAGUAUUUAUAACAGGCUGGUUUGAGGUGCUGAAUAGGGACUUACUGACUUCCUUGGAUAGCUUUCUAGCCAAAUUACUUCAGACUUACUCCAAACUGAGGCAGGUUCCUAAGCUGCUGAGUUUAUUGUUGACUGCUGUCAGAGGGUCAGAGUUUUCUCAGGAUCCAGUGUUCUCCGAGGGGACUGCUCUACGGUUAGGAGAGGUUGUGGAGCAGUUACCCCAAGCUGUUAUCACAGAAGUUUGGGGACUCCUUCUGAAAGAAAUUUCUGAAUUGCUGCUUGGUCUUCAGACAGAAGAUACAAGAUCAGCGUGCAGGCUUCUUUUUGUGACCAAGUUGUUUGCCGUUUUCCUGUCUCAUGUUAAAGUAGCUGAUUAUACAAUUACCCAUCUGACAAGGUUAAAGGUCAAAGGUCUGAUGGAGGAGACACAGUCGAGGUUAAUUGCUCCACUUAUUGAGAGAGUGACAGGGAGAAAGUCAACAGCCCCUGAGCCAGUGUUGUUCUCUGCUCUACUUCUGUCGUAUUACUGGGGAGAGCUUCAUCUCCUUCUGGAGGCAUUUAAUGUAGCUGACCAGAGGUCUGAGUGUCACGAACAAAAUAUUUACCGAAACCUGGCCGUCAUCUUCAGCAUUGACAGUACAAGAUGGAAGAAGAUACAUACCAUAGCUACUAAUGCUGGGGUGAAAAGGGACUCUUACUUAUGGAAACUGUUGACAACACUGGUGCUGAAAGCAAUGCUGGCUGACAUGGGGGUAGAAGUCCCUAACAAGGAGGUAACAAGGAUCGUACUAAAGCUGUCCUCAGACACAGAGAAAUGUUUGUCAGGAAAUCCAAGCUUGGCCUCAGGAAUGUUAUGGGAGAUAUCAGAAGAAAACUACAGUCCAGCCAGUUUAGACCUUGUGUUAAAGAUGUUGCCCCUGUGUGGUCCCCACUUGUCAUGUGACACCACUCAACAGAUUACAGAGCUGGUCAUGAGAGUUAUGACUAAUGUUACUGAUGCUGAGAUUAGGCAAUUACUGGAGAGUCACGUCCUAGAGAGGUGUUCACACCCAGACAUUCUGGAGAGCUGCUCGUGGUCCUCCUGUAUGCUUACUGCCACAUUCAAAACAUUCUGUUUAACUAUCCAGGAAAAUCAAAGGAACACAAAUAAAAAGAUGAAAAUAGACUCCAAAUCUUCUUCAGUUAGGGCUGUAUUAGAUGAGCUGUGUGAUGAUGUUUUUACAAUACAAGCAUCUGAAUAUAGGAAGAGAAUGGAGAAACUGAGGUUCAUCUCUGAUUUGAUCAGUGACAGACUUUUGAAUGUCCAUAGAGAAGGUCAUCUCACAGCUGACAAAUCCUCCUGGGGGGUCUGCUUACAGCAAAUAGACAUCCUGACCCAGUGUGACCUCUCACCGGAGGAGAGGAUCAGGAGUGUUCUGGGGGUCUUAACUCUGCUGACUGAUACAGUGUCCCAGGAACAGGCUGGGGAAGAAGAAUUACUGGGGAAAAUCCUCUGUGUGAUGAUAAAGAUUGUAGAAAAAAUGGGACAAGCCCCAUUGUUCCACGUGAUCAAUGUCCAAAGAUUUAUGAACUGGUGCAGUUCGCUUCUAGCUAAGGAAAACAAAAUGUAUUCUCUAGCCAUUUGUCAGAAGUUGGAGCUUAUUCUGCAAUUGUCCUGCAGAGUUAUGGUUAAAGAUUUUCAGUUACUCCCAGAACUCUUUCACAUUAUGAACAAGGAACUGCAGGGUUCUUCAAUGACAGCAGUCCCAUGUUCUGUUGUUAUAUUUUUAAAGGAGAUUUCUCUGCUGCUGAAGAGACCCUACCUGAAGGAGGAAGUCAUCAGCAUGUGUCAGACAGGUGUCCUGGAGGUGUACAGACACCUGAAGCCUCACCUGGACAAACUGCAGGAGUCCUCAGGGAAACUAACAGCGGGGCAUGUCUGCUCUCUCUCUGCUGUUGUACAGAUCCUCCCCAGAGAGCAGAUAGAUUCUGAAAAUGUCUUGUUUAUUCUCGACUUCUCACUGAAAAUUCUGGAAGACUUACAAGAAGAUCCUUGUCUGACAAGUGCUUGUUUGGAGUAUAUACAGAGUCUCUGUCUAUCUCUGGAUCCUGAUGUUAAACUACUAACCCCUGAACAGAAACUGACACUGUGGACAACAUUAAAAAGUGUGUUUAAACACAUCCUUGUGCAAAAUGGCAGGAAAACAUCGAUUAGAAGAGAACACCAGUCAGUGAAGUGCCUGGUGGCUAGUAUCCUCAAGUCAGAAGGACCAGAGAGAAAGUUUGACUACUUUACAGACACUCCCAUGGAGUGGACAUCACUAGAUGAAGACAAGCAGGGAAGCUGGGCCUGGUUGAGGAAGAAGAUGAUGUAUGAUGGGAGCUUUGAGAGAGAGGGUGGGAGGGUGAUAUUUCAGCAGAUUCAGAGCUCCGUGGGGGCACUCAUCUUCUGUGUGGGGGAUGACGAAUUCCAGGCCAUUAUUAACUCGCUUGUGUCAGAUUGUCAUCUUGAAGAAUUGGUUCCACACAACUUGUACAAAAUGCUUGCAUCUGUCCAUCUCUGGAAACAGGUCCUCCAUAAUGAAUUAACAGAAGAGAAGGGUGCUAUUGUUGUAAAUGCUGUGGAGCAGGUGAUGAUUCAUUUCCAGUCAGCAAUGUUACAGCUAAAGGACUUACAAGACGAUGAUGUAAUUCUCAGUUUGGCGGUACCAGUAAUGAACUGUCAAGCUGACAUGCUUAAUUUUGGACCUUCUUUGAUGUCUCCUCAGUGUGCUACUUUGGCCCUACAGAGUUGUACAUAUAUCCCAUUAUGCACCUCAUCUCAUUACCCAGCAUUCCAUGCUGUAUGUGUAGUGUUGACUUCCUUGAUAGUACACCAUACAGACUCAGUCUUCAAGGUCAUAUCAACCUUUAUCAGCUGUGCUAACCGUUUGAUGAAGUUUGUCAUAGCAAUGGGAAACCAAGAAAUGUUGAUGGAGUCAAAUACUGUAAUGGAGGCCAGGAAUUGUGCACAUAACCUUAACAAGUUGUAUGUUCUCAUAGCUUCUCAUAAGCUCGAUUUCUCCAAGGUGGCAGUUUAUUUGGUAUCUAAUUUUGUAUCAGAGGUUCAAAAAGUAACACUACAUCCAGCUGUCAAGCGUGCUUUGCUGCCAGCAAUAUAUGCUAUUCUGGACAUAUGUGACAAUCACGUGAUUUCUCAGUUACACAUGGUGCUGAAUCAAGGAGUGAAAGCUGUGUUUAAUGUGCUUUACUCGGACUACAUGAAAUAUCACCACUACACUGGAAAAGUCUAAACUUAAAUAAAGAUUGAACGUAUA